AUGAGCAGCAGCAGCAGCAGCAGCGUUGGCGGUGGCGGUGGCAAUGGGAAUGUCAACGCUGGUCAGCAGUUUUAUGGCUCAGCUGGCUUUGGGUUGCAUCAUCAGCAGCAGCAGCAGCAACAACAACAGCAGCAGCAGCAACAGCAUCACCAACAGCAGCAGCAGCAGCAGCUCAUGGGCUUGGGCAUGGGUAUGGGAAUGGGCGUGGGCAUGGGCGUGGGCGUGGGCGGAGUGGGAGGCGGUGGCGGUGGCAGCGUCGGAAGCGGCUGCAAACGCUAUCAGCGAAAGUUUUACAAUCGCAACUAAAUCGCCCCCGUCGAGAAUCUAGACAAGCAACCACGAUAUAGUUAUCGACUUAUCGAUAUAUAAAUAUAUAUAUAUAGUAUAUAUGAAGUACACAGAUUGUUUGUGUAGUUAUGCCUAAAAAUGUAAAACCAUAAAAUGUUCGUUUCGCUUUGACUGAGUUAAAGUUUCUUAGUUUAUAAUUGAAUAUGUUCUCAUUUCUCUCACAUACACAUCAAAUCUUAUCUAUAACUACUUACUACUAUGUAUGUAUAUCCUAUAUGCUACACGACUAUAUAAACAGCAUAUAAGUUCUCUCACACACACAAACAAAAACAAAAAACAAUGUUCAUUGAAUCCAUUUAACAAUGUAAGCGACAAUAUGCAACUUUUACUUUAUUUUUUCUCUCACUUUGAACACAUGUAAAUAUUUUGCGUGCAACAAACACAAAAUACAAAUUUAGUUAAUAUGCAAAUAACAAAUAUUGUUACAUUUUAAAGAUACCAAGUUUUUUUUUUAUCUUUUAAGUCACGCAUCACCGCUUUGUAUAUCGAAAUCGAUAUAUAAAUAAACACAUUUAUAUAAAGUAUACAUAAAUAUAAAUAUACAUUUUUUUUUUCAUAAUUUUUAUUUUUUACGCUCGAAGCGUGCGGUGCCAAAUCUAAUUCAAAGCAGUGCCAAAAAAAAAAAAAAAAAAGAAUGCGGCAUAAAAAUUCAAAUUUACUUGAGAAGAAAAUGUAACUUUUUUCAAAUGGUUUUACUUAUUAUUUAAUAUGUUUAUUUCGAAAAACGAAGAAAACAGAAAUAACUUUGUAAUAAUUGUUAAACAUCCCCACCGACCAAUAUACAUAAACAAUUAUAUAUAUAUAUUCUUUUUUUUUUGAUAAUUUUUAGUUUCUUUUAUUUAUGUGUCGUUUGCUUUUAAUUUAUCACCAUUUGGAAUCGAAAGCCGCCAGAUGUAAAAGUGUAAAGUGGGAAAAGAGAAGCAAAGCAGAUUCAUUGGCAUUUUGUUAAUGUGUAAAUAACUAUAUUUAAUCAUUUUCUAUAUGUGUACAAUAAACGAUUAAUUUUCGCGUUCAUUUUGAAGUCUGUUAGAGCCACAUUGUUGAUUAUUAUUUAAGUUUAAUUAGUGCGCGAGGCUAAAAGAUCAUCAUCAACAACAACAUCAACUCUAUUUUUUUUUGACUAAAUGUAAAAAAAACAAGAAAAAAAUUAAAAAAAAAGAUAGAAAUAUAGAAAACAAAUAAGUGAAAUAUAUAAGAAAAAAGAAGAUACGUGUAUAAAACAAAAAAUGAAACUAGUUACAAUAUAAAUGUAUUUAUUAAUAUGAUAUAAACCCAAUUUUUUUUUUAUUAUCAUUAUUAUUAUUCAAUAUGCAUAUUUAAUGUCAGCACUCAUGCGAUUCCAUUUAAUCUAUAAAUAUUACAAGAACUAAGCGUUAAAUUAACUACAAAAAAUACAAAAAUUUUCACAAAACAAAAAAAGAUUAAUAAACUAGCAAAAAUAUUAAUGUGUAAAACCAAUAAACAAAAAAAAAAACAUAACAAAUUUAAUCGUGUAAGCAGUGAAAAGAAAAAACCAAAGUGUGGAUAAGCAAAAAAUAUAUAAAAAACAAAA